UGUUCAUUUUGGCGGAUGCUGCCCAACCUGCUGAGUUCAUCCAGCUUGUUUGUAUGGGCCGUCAUGUAUUUGAAAGCGUGCAGAGAAAAUUUACAAGGAUGUUGCCGGGUCAGAGUUCUCAGGAAAAAUUAGGACUUCGUUCUUUAGAGCGUAGAAGAUUGAGAGGAGAUUUGAUGAAGUAUAUAAAUUAUGAGGGGUAUACUUAGGGUAAAUGGAAGCAGGCUUUGGUACUGAGGGUGGGUGGGACUACAACGAAAGGUCAUGGGUUAAGGGUGAUGGGUGAAAGUCUAAAGGGGAUAUGAGGGAACAUCUUCAUUCAGAGGGUGGUGAGAGUGAGGAAUGAGCUGCCAACACAAGUGAUCCGUGUGAGCUCGACUCUGCUGCUGAGAGUCUCUGCGUUGCGUCGAGAGGGGUGGGGGUGCCCGGGGGGGCGGGGGCUACACGGGCAGCAGAUUGCUCUCCAUGUUGUACUGCCCCGGGUUGGGAAUCUGGACAAGCUGGACGCAACAUCCAUGGUCGACCCUGACCGACGGAGACCUCACUGACCUGCUGAGUUCCUCCAGCACUUUGUGUUAACUGCUCUGGAUUUCCAGCCUCUGCAGAAUGUCUCAGCUGGCAGGAUAAAGUAGUGGCGGCUGGGCUGUGAGGAGGUGGGUUACAAAAAGCCUUUCUAAGGGAACUGUUUUUCACUCUGCUGGUCCUGUCGAGGUUGCUAGGGAGCCUCCUUUAUCAUGUUACUGAUUUAGCAGCAGCGGUUUGCUGGCGUCUCCCCAACAACUUCAGCAGCGGGUCCAGUUCCGGGUUGUGAACCGACCCAGUCUCGGGUAGGGGCGGGGCGUUUAAAGCGAUUGCUAGCGGGGACGUAAUUGGCUGCUGCAGAAUACAUCUGGUUAGAUUUCCCUGAUGAUUGGCUGAAUUUGAACUAAUCACUUAACAAUUUAAUUUCAAAUCAGCCCGGGAAACAGUUUGCUGUAAAACGGGAUCAGACCGUGGUCGGAGCGUGUCUACGGACCGGAUUUUCCGGCCCUGGAACUGGGAAUUCUGCCUGCAGAAGGAACUGGAGCGAGCUGACAGACUGGGAUAACUGUGAGGAUGCUACACUCCGAUGGGAAGGCAGAGAAGCUCCUGUGGAUACUGGCAGUGCUUCCCACUGUGGUCCAGUGCAGAGUGGCUGUGGCCUCCCCAGACUCAAUCACCACCGUCCUUGCUGGUGGAUCCGUCCACUUCCCCAUCCUCCACGUCAGUGAAGACAAGUAUGAGGUGACUCUGUGGAAAACGUCCCCGAACCAGCUGAAUAUCUUGGCCUGGAUGUCAGACCGACCGGAGAGUCCGUACGUGAUCCAUCCGUCCUACAGGAACCGGGUUCACUUCCGGAGUGAUGGUGUUAUCGAGAUGCGAGGCAUCAACAUGAGUGACCAGGGGACGUACGAGGUGCAGACAAACUACUUUGGGAGGGAGCUGAGAAACCGUGACCGUGAGCAGUUUGAGAUCCAUGUUGUCGAGCCGGUGUCUGAGCCGACGGUGGAGAUCAGCAGGAAUGCCUCCCACGUCACGCUGAACUGCUCGGCUCUCGGAACCGGACAGGUCACCUAUCGGUGGGAGAGGCAGACAGACGCUGCUGGUGGGAACGUCACCUUCCAUGGAGCCCUGCUGUUCCUGCAGAAUGAUGGGCUGAGUGGCCACACCUACAACUGCAUUGCUGAAAAUUGCUGCAGUCGGCAGAUCAGCCUCCCAGUCUCUGCAGACCUCAACCCAGCCAGCGAGUCCAGAAAUUAUUGGGCAAGCGUUCUCAGCUUUAUAGUCCUCUCAGUGGUUGUGAUGUUAAUCUUGGGUCAGCAUCUGCUCAGGAAAUCGGUACUGAUUGGUCAAGCACAUCCAGAAACCAAGGGCCAGGAGAGUUCCAGUGAGGAUGAUGGUUCGGACUGUCCUCUCCGGAAGUCCCGAGGUUCCUCUGACCCUGUGUGACCUGGAACCGGGACGGUGCUGAACAUGUCUCUCCCACCAGCUGCUGUCUCCACCGUGACCUCCACCCACCCAGCCCCUGAGCACAGGACGUCUGCACCUCACACUGUGGGGCAGGUGCCACUGAGAUGCUGGAUUGCCCAGUGUGGGGCAAUUCCUGACUGUAGCAACUACUGGGGAAUGGGUGUGCAUUGAGAUGGGAACUCGGGGUGUCUGUUCCUGUGUCCUAUUUAUUUGUUCUGUCUCAGGUUUUACACAGAACAUUACAGCACAACACAGGCCCUUUGGCCCAUAAUGCUGUGCUGACCUUGUAAUCCAGUCUAACA